AUGGCGUCUUUGGCAGGUGCUUGCCGUGCUUCGGCUCGUCUUGUGGGCAGGGCUUCUUCUCGAGGCCUCACCACCUCUGCACGAUGCCUCGCCGCACAGAACUUCGUAAUGCCUGCUCUUUCGCCGACCAUGACGGAAGGAAACAUUGCUACAUGGAAAGUCAAGGAGGGCGAGAACUACAGUGCCGGCGAUGUACUGCUAGAAAUUGAGACGGAUAAAGCGACUAUGGAUGUGGAGGCUCAGGAGGACGGCAUCAUGAUGAAGAUUAUGGCGCAGGAUGGAGCCAAGUCUGUUCAGGUUGGGACCAGGAUUGCGGUGCUUGCGGAGGCAGGGGAUGAUAUCAAGACGCUUGAGAUUCCAAAGGAUGAGCAGCUACAGCAACAGCAAAGCAGCGGCGAUUCAGCUGCCGCUCCCAAGGAGGAGGCGGCCGCCCCUGAGAAGCAGACCAAGCCUACGCCCAGACCAUCCAGCGAGGAGACUCACGAGCAAAAGUAUCCCUUGAUGCCGUCGGUAGAACACCUCGUCAAGCAGAACGGUUUGAGCAAGGACGACGUGAGCAAGAUCAAGCCCACGGGCCCAAGUGGCCGCUUGCUCAAGGGUGAUGUGCUCGCCUACCUGGGCAGCAUCAACGCUGAUAGUCCCGCCGCCGUGUCUUCAUUCCUCGAGAAACUAUCCCACCUGGACCUGAGCAACAUCAAGGUCGCAGAGAAGAAGGCCGCUCCCGCUGCUCCCAAGGAAGCCAGGCCUGCCAAGUCGGAGCCUCUGCCCUUGGAAAUCAACGUUCCUGUAUCGCUAAGCAAGGUCGUCGAGGUCCAGCAUCGCAUCCAAGAAACCCUCGGCGUCUUCAUGCCCCUAUCCACAUUCAUCAGCCGCGCCGCCGAAGUCGCCAACGAGAGUCUCCCUCCCGCCAACCGUGCCCCGACCGCCAGCGAACUCUUCGAUCAGGUUCUCGGCCUGGACAAGGUCAAGGCAGCCAAAGGAACCCGUGGCAUCUACCUGCCUCAGAUUUCAGCCGUGCCGCCCAGCACACUAUUCGAGCCUCCUGCACGUUCUGCUAAGAAGACGGAUAUCAUUGACAUUCUGGCACCUAAACCCAAGAAGGCCGUUCGCGAUCAGGGUAUUCCUACUGUUCCCGGGUUCUCAAAUGGCCUAAAUGUAUUUAGUCUCGUUGUCCCGCGGGAGGAGGAGCACAGAGCGCACAUGUUCCUGGAGAGGUGCAAGGCUAUUCUUGAGGAGGAGCCAGGUAGAUUGGUGCUGUAA